AUGAAACAAAGUGAUACACCCAGCGGUUGUAAAAGAGUAAAAGAACGUUCGGUUUAGAUGGCUGCAGAAAAAGUGAAGGAAUGGAGAUAUUUAUUUAAAAAUGGCAAGUGCGAUAGCCAGGGAAAUCUAAAAAAGCUUACCUUACAAUAAGCUGCAGAGGAAGUGGGAAUUCCUAAAAAAACAUUGGAAGACUAUCACUAAUUAAUUAAGUAUAGAAUUAUUAAAUAAUUAGAAAAGCAAAAAAGAUUUAACCUAUUGAAUACUUAUAUAAUUAUAAAAUGGGUUACUUGAGGUAACUCAUUAAAUAGAACUAAAAUUUAAAAUAACAUACAAUUGAACAUUUAAAUUAAGAGGAUUUUUAAUUUGAUGAUCAAACUCCAAAACAAAUAGAAUAAAUAGAGAGUGAAUUCGAGAAAUACUUUAAUCUUGAAGAUGAUUAUCUUUAUGAACAAAAUUCUCUUGUAAUGACCGUUCAAACUAGAUUUUAACCUACUUAAGUCAUACAAAAGAAGGUUGAUCCUUGGGAAAAUGAAACAUUGAGUUGCGAUUCUAAUUAGGAAACUGAUGAUGAAGAAUGCUGA